GUCUUCUUCUACGGUUUUUUUUUUUUUUAUGGCGGUUGGCAAAAAACGUCUAGGUGCAUUACCGCCACCUUCUAGAUUGGGAUGGCAGCAGUGCUACUUCUGGAUGAGAUGCUGCGGAUAGAAGAAGAGGUUGAACAACCUCCAGCUGUUUCCAUAGAAAUUAGGCGGACUUCAUCAUGGCGCCCGGGAGCCAAUCAGUCCUCUCCUCAACACCUCUGCAGGUUCUUCUCUAUCUGAACACCUGGUACUUUGCCGCCUUCUACCUAGCAGAGAUCCUCAUGUUCACCUACAAAGGGAUUUUACUGCCAUACCCAACAGAUAAUCUGGUCCUGGAUGUGGUGCUGCUGCUGCUCUUCCUUGCUCUGGAGACCCUACGCAUUUUUUAUGGUUGGAAGGGGAACCUCUGCGAGCGCUCUCUGUCUUCCUUCGUGUCCCUCUUCAUCCUGAUCCCAUGCACAGCGCUGGCCGUUUACUACCUGCUGCUGCAGACCUUCGUCCUGCGGCUGGAGUUCCUUCUCAGUGCUGUGCUGCUCUGCUUCUACGGCCUCGAGUUCCUGCUCGGUGUCAUCUCCAUUUCUGCUUUCUCCAGUUUGGUCUAUGUUGUGUUUCCCCUGCAGGUCCAGAGUCUACUGAGGUUGCCUGGAACACAGCAGGAUGUAUCAAUUUUAACAAUGUGAAUUCCACCAGGAGGAAAUUGGACGCAAAUAUAUUUUGGACAUUGUUCUACUCUGAUCAGUAGCUGUUAUCUUACCAACUGUCUGUGAUGGAUAUAAUGAAGGCCACCACAAAGAUGAAGCGGAUGAUGGGCCACCAAUAAAUCCACAUGUUGAUGUUGUGGUUGGUGAUGCGGAAGUCUUCCCCUCUGUCCUGUCAAGGCCCGCAUGAGUUUUUGUUAAAUACGUGUAUGGAAAAUGACCCUCCCACCAACAGCAUCGCUGACCUUUUGGUAGAUCAGCUCCUUCUGGAUCUGUUAAAGCUGAUCAACCAGCUGUCUCACGCGCAGCUGCAGCAACGUCAGUCUGUCUUGUUUUUGGAUCUCUGUGUAGUUGUUGGUGCCCUCACCAGAUCGGAUGCGCAUGUGAACCACCUGCAACAUGACACCAAUGUUUAACAAGAAGGACAGUUUGUUACUGAAUAGUCUGACAAAUAAAGACCGAAAUGCACCUAGAAGUACAA